CUUCAACUCUAACAUACCAAAUAAAUCCAUAAAUAGAUAAAAUGUAAGAGGGGUGAUUCGAACCACUGACCUCUUGUAAUGAGAUUAUACUCUCAAACCACUCGAUCACGAGCUUCUCUCAGUGGAGAGUGUACAAACACUAUAUUUAUUACAUCUCCAACAUAAAAAGGCCCCACGAUAAAUCCUCCCACUCUCCUCUUCGUCUUUUCUCCUUCCUUUCUAUGCUGUUCUUUCUCUCUCUUCUUCCAGAAAAUUCUCUUCCUCUUUUUAGCUUAUUCUGGGCUUUCUCUUCUUCUUCUUUCUGGGCUUAAUAGCUACUUUUAUUCUUUGGUGUUGUGCUACUGAGUCUCAACCUGUGAAGAUUUUCUUGCUAUAUUCUUCCUGCAACUAGUAAGGUAUAUAUGAAUCUGUACCUUCUUCAACCCAGAUCGCAGAUCCCAUUUAUGCAAGCCAAGCCAAAUUGAAGAAGAUGAACAUGCAUGUCCAAAUUGUCCAGUGGUCCACCAAUUCAAAUAAUAAGAACAAGACGGAGAAUGACCUGCAUCUUCAAAUCUAUACCGAUAUUUCAACCGAAUCAAACCGUCAUUUCGGUAUGCCGACUCGUCGGUAUCCGACGGCAGCGGUACGGUAACGGUAUGAAUUUUAGAAAACCGACCAGCUUCGGUCGGUAGCCGAUAAUCGGAAAUUUGACUCGGUUUUGUACCGAAUCCACCCCUAAUCAUAUGUGGACGUGAUGCAGAUAAGGGACUUCAAAUCAAUAGCGUGUAUGUAGAUAGCGGACUAGUUGUGGGAAAAACAGACCAUCGGUUUGUAAUACUAGGAUCGGGUCAUAAGCAUGCUCGGAAGAUUGUUGACAAGAUGAUGGGCACCACAGAUGAGUCUAUGUACAACUACGAUUUGUCGGCUAAAGGCUCUUUGGACCUAUUUCUGAGAUCUUUAUUCAGUGCCACCUUUACCGAUAGGUUAAGUGGGGGACCUUUGCAUGUUUAUCGACUUCGCCUGCAUGGUCAAAGUUGGGAGCCCAUAUGUCACCGUGAUGUCUUGAAAGCUUAUGCGGACUAUUAUGAUGACUACGACGAAGAAAAGACUCUUUUCCUUAUCUUCAACAGUGCGAAGAUAUUCGAUCCAGUAUACUCGGAUGACCUUAAAAGCUUCUUCAGGGCAUAUGGAGAGAUAGAUAUUGCUCACCGCGUAGCCCAUAUCCCAAUAGCAAAGAACACUGGUUUUUAUUUUCACAGGUUAGUGUGCAAGACGGCUGAAGAUGCUACUCGUAUUCAUGACCACGUUAAGAAGGGUGGCGGUCCUCAUGGUCUAGAUCUGUCUAAAGUUCCUGUGCUUCUACGUGAGUUCCCAGAUGGAGUGUUCUUCCACACGAUGCAGCCAACCUUACGACUAUAUGUGAAUCGGUGCUCCAAGAGAUUGCUGCAAGUCAUACGUGAUUCUGUGUCGACCAAGUAGAGAUCGAGUUGGUGUUUCUCGGAGUUUAACCACAAACCAUUAGCUUUGUUGCGCCGUACCAACAGUCGAGGGCUCGAAUUACCUUAAGUAGAGAAAUGCUCUAGCUUCAGUCAAAUUUAAAUGAGCUUUUCUUUCACUUUUCACAAUGCUUUGGCUUUGAGCAGUUGGGUUGGCGCCACUGGGACAUAGAGAUAAUAUACGAUGUCAGUAGAAACUUAGGAUCAUAUGGUCUCUCUAACCAUACUCAUCAAUAUACGAGUCGGUGGAACAUAGUAUCAUCUGGUCUCUCUAACCAUACUCAUAACCUAUGCCUUGCAAAUUAUGUUAAACCAUGAUCAUUAGUAUUUCCAGUUUUCCACCAAGUCACCAACGGCAAAAGAGCCACAUAAUGCCAAUAUCAUACCCAAUUAGAUCAUCAAGAAUUUAACCAAUUUGGAAACUUCCAUUUGAAAGGAGCCAAUCCAGUCAAAGAAGCAAAAGUGAAGAUAGUGAGGGGAGCUGCCAUAUCAAAAAAAACAAGAAGGGAGCUGAAAUUUCAUUAUCACACUUUACACUUCAAGAUCAAAUUAGGCAGUCAUAGUUGUAUUCUACCAUCACAAUUUAUGUGAAU